GCUUGUGGGUUCAGGAGGAAGGGGGACAUACACCGGACCAAGGGUGUUGCUUUGUCCCUUAAGGAGUAAUAUACAGUAAAGGCAUAUGCAUAAGUGUUCCGAGUCUCCAUUUUUUAUUUCAUUGUCACCAUAACCUUUUCCCUCAAAUACAACUCUCCACUGUAGAGGAUAAGGCCAGGGAGAGUAAAGUCAAGUAUCUCAGUUGUCAGGCUGAUUGUGUCCAAUCCGACUUUAGAAGUCAGGGUCUGUAACCAGGCAGUGAGUUGUUUGCGAUGCCCUGGAAGGAGAAAACACCGGUUCCAACAGAGACACUGGGGAAUGCAGCCGGGCCCCCUGGCCAUGAUUACUUAAGCUAAUGGAAGGUCUUGCCUUUCAGCAGCCGCUGCACUGGGAUACCAGACAAACAGCUUCCCUCGACCCCUGGCUGGAAGGGCCCCUCUUCUGGACAUCAUUAAAAGCGCAUGCACUUGUUUCACAUCCAUUGGCAAAUGGCGGCAAGAUUCAGGACUCCUACCCUGAAGCCAAGGAGAAACCAUCGCAGUGGAAAGAUUUGGGCUUUGAAGUUCCAAACCGAAAUUAAAGACCUAUAUGGGAUAAGGAACCAGGAGAACGAACAUUGGUUGGAUACAAGGAUGAGACCAGACACAAAAAAGCACAGCAGGUAAGAACUGGGGGUUGCUGCCAAGAAGGAACUGCCCUGCAUGGUGCAGCAGGGGCAAAGCGUUCUUAGAGCCUGAAAGCCUGUUGCCUUGAGCCUUCCAUGAGUGCUCAAGCUUGUCAUCUCCUAUCAGCUUCCAGAAAAGGGACGUUGCCCUAGCCUUCCCUCUCCCUGAGAAUAAUCCUUUCUGUUGGUUAUAAAUACUAAUGUCUCCCUGCGUUUGGUGAUGAUGCGCCAAAAGAGUCAAGGCCAGUAAGAAGCCUCAUCCGCAGCUGUACCCUUCCUGCUGGAAAAUCGAUGACACAGACACUGAGCGAUGGCCGCCUAUCCUGAGAGCUGCUUGGACGCUACCAUGCUGAACUUUGUCGCAGAUCUCUCUUUGGCCUCUCCGAGACACCCUCUUCUCUGCGACUUCCCACCUGGGGACCCUUUUGGGGACCGGACACUGGGGUUCAGAGAGAGAAGACCCAGGAGGCUGUCGCAAUUUGAGGAAACAGACCAGGAGGAAGAGGUGGGCGAAGUGGUCUAUGAGGACCGGGAGGACGAGGAAGAGGAGGGAGAGGGACGCGAGAGAGUAGCAUCCUUGCUGGGCCGCCCCAAAAGGAAAAGGAUCAUCACCUACGCCCAGCGCCAGGCAGCCAACAUUCGGGAAAGGAAGAGGAUGUUCAACCUGAACGAGGCCUUUGACCGGUUGCGCAGGAAGGUGCCCACCUUUGCUUAUGAGAAGAGGCUGUCUAGGAUCGAGACCCUCCGCUUGGCCAUUGUCUAUAUUUCCUUCAUGACGGAGCUCCUGCAGAGCAGCGAGAAAAAGGAGGCCGGCUAAGCGUGGAGGGGAGAGCCGAAGAGGACCAUCCCCCUUGCUUGGAGGGUAGCGAUUGAAGGGCAGAGGGAAUGCUGGCCUUCUGAGUCUGGGUUUGAGAUAGUUAAAUUCGCACUCGUGGCAGCUCUGCGGCCAAUUUUUUGGGAAUCACGCACAACCGUAGGGUUCAUCUGAGAAAGUUGGGAUUCCCUCUGUCAAGGUGCUAGAGCUUCUGCUUGGAGCGGGCGGGAAACUGGUCUACUCCUCCAAAGAACUUUUCUGAGCUUCCCUAGAGAUCUCUCCUCCUUGCUCCUUUCAGAAGUAGAAAUAAUAAAAUAGAACUUUUUCUCACGCACGAUUCGUUGCUGCCCCGUCGCCAUCUCCAGCAGGGGCUUCACUGUGGCCAGAGAGGGUGAACUCCCCUCAAGCCGAGACCAGGAGCGACCUUCCUGGGUUCUGAAAACUCUGCGGGGGCUCGAUACUCUCAGACUAGUUAGGGGGAGGGGGAGGCAAAGAGGACGGGAGGGAAGUAGGGAGUAAGGUCACUAGACCAAUUCACAAAUGCAACCUCUGAGAAAGGUCGCUCUCGCUCCCUCGCCCCCUUCCCAAUCCCGGGUGCUGUGACCCCCAUCUUGCGGUCAGGCGAACCCGACUACCUUGUCACAAGGCAGAAUGUCUCAAGAGUUAAAAGCAGCUCAUUCAGUGAAAAUCGCCAUGCUGCCGUUUGCUCAGAAUUAAACUCUGUUCCUGCCGCUCCUGCUUGGGGUGGGAGAGGUGGGGGAGGGAUCCUCCUGCUGGGUGCACUUCCCACGCUCGGCGGCCUUGGGGUUAGCGCUUCUGACAGUCUCCUAGGGGAAAGGGCCCGAGUAACCCUGCAUGCCUGAAAAACAGUCUUAAACCGUGGGUAGGAAAGUUUCUUUCAGUCUUAAGCCGUCUAGGGACUAUUGGGAAGGCAAAAAGCCGAAAGGAGAGAUGCGUUUUAAUGCUUUGAAAAUGCCUGCAGGUGGAGGUGAAAUUGAAACCGGUUUGUUCUGGGAAGCUACCUUCCCGGACCCUCUGUUAUUCCACAGUUUUUCUUUCAGAGUGACUUGGUAGCACCUGAAGCUGGUUCUUUAUGACAGAUGUGAGUAGGUGAAGAAAGGGACGGAGGAGCUGGAGCACAUAAUUGUCAAUCCAUUCACGCCAAUGAAAUCCCAAAGGAAAAAAAAAAAUGCCUGGUUUCACCCCACAAGUAUGCACUAGCAAAAUGAAGUCAUAGCAAGCUUGCACAGUGCAAUGCUCGGUGAUCCUCGAAUACUAAUAACAUGGGAAUGUUACGUAUGCUCAUCCUAGAGAGACUGCAAAAUGUAGGUUUAAAAAACUUAAGAAUGAGCAUUUAAAUGAGCCCCCACUGCUACUAGAAUCUUCAUCUAUUUCCUUCUGUUCUUUUAUUUCCUAUGAAGUUAGAAAUUCAAUAUAUGUAACAAAUACGGGAUGCUUUGGACAUUGAUUUUUCUCAGUUAGAAUUACAGAAUGAGCAUUUCAUUCACUUUAAAUACUAGAGGGGAUUUCCAUUACUACAUAUUACUGCCAUGCCAAUGUAUCAUAACAUAAUCUCAUUCCUCUACAGAUGGCUAGCUCAGCACUUCCUUUUUUUCAAAAAUGGUAACAUUGCAAACAGUGUUCUUACAAAUAUCUUCUCUGUUAUAAUCACCUGGUGUUAGACCUUACAGUCCUUACAGUACACAAAUGGGCAGAAUUCUCCCGGGCUCUGUCAGUUUGCAUUCCAUUUCAGCUACACUGCAGGAGCACCUCCUGAUGGCACCUAGAAUGUUUUUUCCCAAGGGAGCUUUUCAUUCUUUUAAUAGUACAUUUAAUUCUCUUUGAUUCUCAUGGUGGUUAUAUACACAUCUAAAGAAAGCUUACUCUACGUUUCUGAGGUUGAUAUUAAGGCUCAAGUAUUUUUGAGCACUUACAUAAACUAAAGCACAAAGCCAUACAAAGCUACCAAAUGUAAUGUACUAACUGCACUCAUUUUACCUUUGAGAUAGAUACUGGCAUCCCUGGGAGCUAUAUGACAGAAAACAGCCUUAAAUUAUGUUCCUGAUGCUAUAUGAAUAAGAUGAGAAAUAGACUGACGGAUCAUAUAUGUCAAUAAGUCAUAACCACUUAAAUAUUACUCUAUUUUAGUGAAUAAUAAUUGCUUCAUUGUUGCUUUUUUCAUUUUGUUUCAAUACACUCCAUUUUUUUAGCUGAAUAUACUUGAAAAGUUAUCUUCUGGGCUUUCAAGAAUAGUUGAACAAGGCUUGAAAGGCAAGAAGUCCAGACACGGAUAUUAAUUCACAUUUAGAAUUAUGUUUCAUCGCAUCUUUACAUGGAUAAUGGAGAUGUAGCUAGAAGUGGAUUAAAAAUUCUGUAAAAGAACUUUAAAAAUAGAAUACAUAAAUUUAGCAUCAAUGUGUGUCUAAUAUCAUUGAUACUAUAUUAUGAAAUACAAUCUACUAAGUAGUAGUACAACUUUUUUAGUCACAUUUAAUGUAGUGUUGCAUAUUUUGUGCUAUUUAUAUGCAGUUAAGUGUUAUUCAUGCUGAAAUUUUUUAAGGCCUUUCCUUCUAUUUCUUCCCCUGGGACUAGGUAAGAUCUGCAAUUAGCCCCCUUUCCCAAUAGCCUUUUAACUAUGUCUUUCCUCCAGGUGUUUUCUACCUCUGCUACGAGAAUGUUAGAAUACACUGAGAAGAGAAAAACUAUAAAUAGCUAAGCCAAACAGUAACAAAACCAGGGAGAGUAGUUUUUCUAAUGCUCUAGAACCUUUAUUGAAAUGAACUGAGUCAAAGGCUGAGGUAAUAGCUCGGUAGUAGAGUGCUUGCCUAGAACAUACAAGGCCCUGGGUUUAAUUCUCAGCAGUUCUAAAAUGAAAUGAGUCUUGAAAAAUAACUUUAUAUUGCAUUUAUAAAGUAAUGUUCUUAAGUUCCUCUUUGUAAUGCUUUCAUUACCAAGGCUAGUGAAUGUUUUAAGAUACUUUUGUAAUUACUCAUUUUAAUAUGUGAAAGGAAAUUGCUAGUUAUUUCUCAGCUCAUCAUACAGUAUUGUUCAUAUGAUCUACUGGGUUAAUAAAUACCCAUACUUAACUAUUCUAUUAUUUAUUUGUUUAAUCAAAUGUUGACUUUUUUACAGAUCAUGUGGAUAGGUUCAAAAUUGAAGAGCCUAUAGAAUAUUAUUCAUUCAGGUCCUUCUGGGGAAUAAAUACCACUUUUUUAUAUAAAGUCUGAGGCUGGAGAGAUAGUCCAGUGGUUAAGAACACUGUCUGCUACUCAUAAAGUCCCAUUCCCAGUACCCACAUGGUGGUCACAACUGGAGGUCCAGUUCCAGGAGACCUGACACCCUCUUCUGGCCUCCCUGGACACUACAUGCACACGACACACAAACAGAACAUCCAUACACAUAAAGGAAUACAAUAAAUAAAUAGAGAAAAAUCUAUGAGUGUUGAAUAAGUAAAAAGAUAUACAGAAUUCAAAAUUUUAUGUGUUGUUAAAAAAAAUUUACUUCCAGAGGAAGGGGGAAAUCCUGCGUAGUGUAAAUGUCAUCAACACCAUUGGGUCUUAAUGAGUACAGUCAACCAUCACACUUCACUUAAUCAUUUCUGCUAUUCUAACAC